AAUAUUGUGCACCGACUAGUUUUUGACUCAUAUAAAUUCAAAAUGGAUGAGGAGGGACAUCUACACCGUUUUGGCACACCUUUGGAGCCACUAGAGAAGGAUGAGGUUCCCGCCAAGAAGCCGCUGGCGAUUGAGGAUCAAAUUGUAAAGGAUGAAAAUGGCAAACGUCGGUUUCAUGGUGCCUUUACUGGUGGCUUUAGCGCUGGCUUUUGGAACACCGUCGGCUCACUAGAGGGCUGGACUCCGCAGAAUUUCAAGAGUUCACGCGCAGAAAAGGCCAGCAAAGUGCAACAGCGACCUGAAGACUUCAUGGACAAGGAAGAUUUGGGUGAAUUUGGCAUAGCCCCCCAGGGUAUACGCACUCGAGACGAGUUUGCCAAGGAAUGUGAGCAAGAGCAGCGUUCGGGCCAGCGCAAGCGAAAACUUAUGCAGCCAGAGAUCGCUGGGCCCAUACCCGGCGUGCCCGUGCUCGAGCAACUGUUGCGUCCUGUACGCGAUAAGGUAGCCGUGCGCAUACUAAAAAGCAUGGGCUGGAAGCCAGGACAGGGUGUGGGACCACGGCAAACGCGGAAAGAAAAAUGCCAAGCAUCUGCGCGCAACAAACGGGAACAAUAUCUGUUGGAGCACUAUGGUGCUGAGGGAUUGCCAAGCACGAAUACGCAAAGGGAGAGUGAGGCUGAGGAUGAGGAGGCCGAUGACCAAGACGAGGACGAAGACAUAACCUUUGCACCUGAUGACUAUGAGCCCAUGUUUUAUACACCUAAAGACAAUCGCUUUGGCAUGAGCUACUCGGGCCUCAGUCGAGCGCCAGUGCUGUCGAAGAGUAGCACGAUUGCGGCGCCAAUGCAGCACAUCAAUCUCUUUGGUCAUCUUGAGGAGUCGGCCAAGCACAAACAGUUGUCCAUACGCGGCCAGGCGUUUGGCGUGGGAGCAUUCGAAGAGGAGGACGAGGAUAUCUAUGCCAAGGAUGACAUGACGCGCUACGACUUUUCAUUGGCCGACAAGCAGCCCAAACAAAAGAAGAUAAAACAUGUCCAGCAGCGUCAUGUCAUCGAAGGCUUCAGCGAGGACAAGAGCGAUACAACCCACAACAAGCCGUAUGUCAUUGAUUUGCCCCGCGAUUUUCAGCCACGGAACUGGCUGCUGCGUCGCAGUCGAUUUGCGCCACUGGAUGCGCAGCGUGCACGAAAAAUAGCUGAAGAAACUGAACACAAAAAAGCAGGCCUGGGUAGGCAUGAUCUAAACCCGGAGCAACGCGCUCAGCUGCUGGGUGAGUCGCAGGCAAAAAAAAAUCCCUUUAAGACCGCCAACAGCGUCAGCAGUCAACAGGAGCGCAGCAAAUCCUUACUUGAACUCAUCAGCGCCAAGAGCAACAACUUUACAAAGGGUGGACUCAUUACCACAACCGGUGAAGAGCAACCAGCAGCACCAAUAGAGCUAGGUAUGGAGCUGCAGCAAUCUAAUGCCGCGCUCUUGGCUCAGGCUGCCACCAAGACUCAGAACUUAGCUUCCACCACGCCAGCCAGCGGAUUUAAACCCUUUCUUGAAAACGAAUCCAAGCAGUUGCGCUAUGAAAAAUUUCUGGCCUCAAAUCUAAAAGACGACACAGAGAUUACCGAAUUUCUGGCCGAAUUGCAGCCAGUGACGCUGUCUUUGUGGGAUCGUGAAAUGGAAAAAAAGGAAUUUGUGCAGGCGGCCAAAAUAUAUCGACCGCUGGCCGGUCUUAUGCUCGACAGAUUCGUUUCGGAGGCAACAGUGCAAGCACAGAAAUCAGAGGAGCAAGUGCAGUCAGCAGAACAGCAUAAAAUAGUUAUGGAACGCACGAAGGCCAUGUGGAAGCCCAGCGCAUUGCUGUGCAAGCGGUACAACAUUGCGGAACCCUUUGGUGGUGCUCUGCCAGAAGUUGAAAAGGAACUGAAAGCCAAGUCCAAAAUGUCCAUAUUUGAUUACCUAGAGACUUCGGUCAAUACCAAAGCCAAUUUCCAAACGCCUACAAUUAUACCCAAACACAUUGAGGCAGCCAAGCAGCAGCAGCAGCUGCCAAAACUGCCGAUGCUGGUGCCUGCAACAACAACAACAACAACAGAUACAGCAGAGGAAGAGGUCACAGCUAUUCCGCCUGAAGCACCAAAACAGCCUGCCAGCAGCGCAACAGUUAAGGCUACUUUUGUAGCGAAGACGCCACUGGAGCAGGCUGUAGAUGCGGCACGCGACAAGCCCAUUUCUGAAAAAACUGAUCUCUUCAAGAGCAUAUUCGAUGACAGUGACGAUGAACAGGAAACAACAGCUGCGCAAGAGCAGCAGGCCGAUGUCCGAUUGGAUGCCAUGCAGGCAGCUCUGGGCUUGCCCAGCACCACUUCCACGUCCGCGGCGGCAGCCAAUGUGCUCCGCAAUAAUUCGCCACCACGUGGUAUAUUUGCAGCGCUCUUUAAACCAGCGCAGGAGCAGCAGGAUACCAAGUCUUCCGACCCGGCACCAGUUAAGUUUGCGCCCAUUGCAGGCAACAAGCUGAAAAUUGCUUAUAAGCCUCGCGAGGAGCGUUUGAAAAACGAUAGGGAACUGGCCAUGGAACAGGUGCCCGACGUGGAGCUCUAUGGUCCCAAGCUGCCCACCCAGUUGAAGCAGGCCUCACCGGACGGCGCCGUACAGGCCGAGGCAAGCAUCGAUGCCAAGCUGCAGCAUCUCUGGCAGCAGCAUGCACCAAGCAAACGCAAAGCGGAGCAUUGGGUAGAACGCACGCUCAGCAGCAGCGAUGAUAGCGAUGAGGAUAGCUCCGACUCCAGCAGCGAUGACAGCGACGCAAAGGCCAAGAAAUCAAAAUCCAGGAAGAGGCACAAAAGUGCCAGCUCCAAAAAGUCCAAAAAGUCAAAACAAAAGGCUAAGAAAAAAUCCAAAAAGAGCGAAAAGACGAAGCACAAGUCCAAGGAGAAGAAAAGCAAACGUAAACACUAA